UUUUAUUCAGGCAAAUCAUUUUUCAGCCAAGAUUUUAUUCUACUAUAUGCAAAAUACUAUAUUACCUCUGUACAGUGUCCACUAUCUUUAAAAUUUGUAAAACAAAAUUGACAAAAGGAAAUGUCUCCAUCUUAUCAACCAAUGGCAGCAUAUGCAUACAACUGCCAUAACAGACAAGAUAUUUUCCCCUAUCCCUCCAAUUGGAGACCACACAGUAAGGCCCCACAAACAGAUUGCUGCUCAAAUUUUUCUAGAUUACCACAUAGCCUUUUCUCUUUCUCCCUCCCCUCAACACACCAUCCAACCCCCAGUGUUCGAUGGCCAUGGCAAUCAGUUAUUGCUCCAUCUCCAAUCCUCCAUUAUCCAAAACUUCCUUUCGCAAUAAACAGGUCUCAAGUUGGAUAAUUCAUACCAUCAGCAAUGGCAAUUGCACUGGUGGUAUUUACAUUAAGACGAAGAGGAAUUUAAGAACUGGGUUCCAUGUUCGUGCUGUCACUGGAGGCCAGGACACACGUAACGUGCCUGGUGCAGAGUUCCCAAGCAAUUACACUGAGCUUCUAGUGCAGGCAAAAGAAGCUGCCGAAUCAGCUUUUAAGGAUGGGAAGCAGCUAUUGGAAAUUGAGUUUCCUACUGCAGGACUGCAAUCUGUACCAGGUGACGGUGAAGGUGGAAUUGAGAUGACAGGAAGCAUGCUUCUCAUAAGAGAAUUUUGUGAUCGAUUUGUACCUGCAGAGAAAGCUACUAGAACCAGAAUCUUCUUCCCUGAGGCAAAUGAAGUUUCCUUUGCAAGACAGUCCGCCUUUGAAGGAUGUUCACUGAAGCUAGAUUAUCUGACAAAACCAUCCCUAUUUGAAGAUUUUGGUUUUACAACAAAGGUCAAAAUGGCAGACCGAGUGCGUCCAGAAGAUGAGAUAUUCCUUGUAGCUUAUCCCUAUUUCAAUGUCAAUGAAAUGCUUGUGGUUGAAGAGCUUUACAAGGAAGCAGUUGUUGGCACAGACAGAAAACUGAUAAUAUUCAACGGGGAACUAGAUAGAAUAAGAAGCGGUUACUACCCUCCCUUCUUCUACCCAAAGCUAGCGGAACUUUCAAAAACAUUUCUUCCAAAGUUGGAGACAGUUUAUUAUAUUCACAAUUUUAAGGGAAUCAAAGGAGGAACACUUUUCAGGUGUUAUCCUGGCCCUUGGAAGGUCCUGAGAAACAUAGGUGGCAGCUUCUUCUGCUUGCAUGAACAACAAGAGAUGCCAUCGCUGAAGGAAGUGGCCCUCGACAUCCUCCCUUCUGCCUAAAACCGAGUCACUAUAAGCACAACCCAAGUCAAUGAACAAGGGAAAAGCCUCCAAAACUACCUGUUGUUUCUGCAUAUAUGUUUCAUGAAAUUUUCAUUGUACAUAAAGAGGUAGGAAGGGAUGCACAUUGCUGUAAUGUGGUGUACACUUGUGCAUUAAAGUGAAUGCAUGGUUGGUCCAAUGGAUGUUGAAA